UAGGUCCGAGACGAAAUCAGUUACAAGUGAGACGCGAAAGUGUGUACAGGACAUAUAAACACGCUCUUGUGUGCGAUAACGAACGUUUCAAAAAUUCUUAUUAGUGCGACCUUACAAUCUUAAUAUAUAUUAUCAACUCCCAACUAUUCAACAUUACGUCAGUUCUAUCAGGAAGAGAUCUUUUUAUUGAAUAAAGGAAUGGCUCAUUUUAAAAUUUCCGCACCAGGAAGAAUUGUCUUAUCUGGAGAACACUCGGCGGCGUAUGAAAAAACAUUGCUUGUGGCUGGUUUAAGCCUUCGCACCAGACUCGAAUUCUGUGAAUUGUCUGCAUCAGAAAGUAUUAUUUCGAUACAUUUUCCUCGGGUGGGGCUGAAGAAAGAUAUACCUCUAGAAAUUGUGGAAAACUAUUUUUUUAAUACAAGAAUCUCAGAACUUCGGUCGAAUCUAAUCGAUUUUUUUCGAUACGUGACAUACUUUAUCACCAUGCACUGUUCGUGGGAGACAUUCGAGCAGAGAUAUAGCUUACAUGUAUUCUUUUAUCUGUUUUAUUAUCUGACUUACGAUUUCAAAAAAAGAUCGCCUUUUCGGAUUUCGGUGACCACUGAAAUACCUCUUGGAAAUGGUCUUGGCAGUUCGACAUCGUUCGCUGCAUGUCUGGCAGGGUGUUUUCUUCAUUGGAGGAGACUUCUACAGAAAGGUGAUCAUAUUAGAUUUACCCGUGACGAUUUGGCGACUAUUCAACAUUAUACUGAGUAUUGUGAAGAUUGUAUGCAAGAAUAUAUAUUUCCCACGAUCGAUGCCGAAACUUGCAUUUACAGUCAAUUACGAUAUUACCAAUAUAAGGGUUAUAAACAUUUUGGUGUGGAAGUCAUAAAUUUACAAACAGUAAUUAAGGUGCUAAUAAUCGCAACAAAUAUUCGUCAAGAUAAAAAGGAUCGAGCGCUACAAAUUGCAGUGCUGAAUUCUUUGUAUUUUGAAAAGUUCAUGGAUUUAUUAGACAUCGUUGCAAUGACAAUAUACAAUAGAUUUAGAUAUAUUAACAAUAUUCGUACCAUUAAAGAUCCUACUGUCCAUCAGAGUGCUAACAAGGAAAUACAAUUUUACGUUACAAAAAUCAAAAAAUGUUGAAAGAUUUUCAUUUGUCGCAACCGGACUUUGAUACAAUUUCGGAGAUUGCAAGUCAGUUCGAGUACGGAGCUAAACUUACAGGUUUUUCAGGCGGAUUUGCAUACAUUGUGUUACGACCAAAUCUCACAGACGUCGAAAUCCAACAUUUACAAGAACAGUUUACGAAUAAAAAUU